GGUUCUGGAACUGAAACUGUCUCAGUUUAUCAAUAAGUCGAUAUUAAUUUUAAACUAUUUGAAAACAAAAAAAUAGCUAAUAUUCGUAGAAUAACCCACAGCAUCUCAGCAAGGUCGCGCCAGAUCACACAGCUUAGUGCUUGCUCCUCAGUCACACAAUUAGCACUGAUAACGCGUUGAUAACAAUCUGAUAGUGAACGACAUCGCUCAUUACGAAAAUAUCAUCAUACACACGUAAAGACAACCGUGAACUUCCCGGAAAAAUUGAAGUGAAAAUAUGAGUUGAAAUGGGUGACAAAAUAUUCGUUAGUGAUGCCGAAUACGAAAAAAUUAACCAACUUUACGACGAGUGUCUCGAUUAUUUGAAAAUUUACAAAGAAAAUGAAAUUGAAGAAACAUCAUCGCUAAGUUCCGAACCCGAGGACCCAGGGUACGAAACGAUCAAAGAAUUGAGAGGAGAAAACGAAACAAAUCACACGAACGGCAAAAUAAGUGAAGCAACGAAUUACCAAGUCGAAGAUGAAAUUAAUCGAAGUGUAUGUUCGUUAACGAGUACAGUAAAAUCUGAAAGAUUAAGGAAACUGUCGCAACAACUGCCGAAAAUUAUUAUUACCAAAAGUAACAAUAGUAUCGACGAGAAAAAUUACAGCAACAAUAUUGACAUUAGACCAGCGAAAAAACCUCGGAAAAAAUCUACUUCCAAACGAAAUUCCAGGAAUGAACCUCCUCUGAGACAUAGAGGUGACUUCCCCAAACGUCUUGUAUCGAAGAAUGGAUCUGAAAAUGUAGCGCUUAUAUCCAAUGUGCCUUUUGAGAAGAUACGUCUUCUAAACGACACUUUUCACACUCUGAUCAACCUCCGCUGGCGUUGGAUCGUGAUCGGGACGGUGGUGAUGCACUUCGCGAUCUGGCUGGUAUUUGCAGUGUUCUGGUACAUCACGGCCCUGGCACAUUAUGACUUUGAGCCUGAACCUCCAUCUCGCACCUGCAUCACCGGCGGGAAGGAUUUCGUCACCAUAUUCCUAGCGUCUGUUGAGGCACAGACGACUAUCGGUUUCGGAGAUCGUGCCAUUGAUGAAGAAUGUCCAGAAUCAAUUUUCCUAUUUAUCAUGCAGCUGAUAUUAGGCACGGGUCUAUCGGGAGUCCUCACGUGUGUGGUGUACGCCAAGUUGACCAGACCGGAGAAACUGUCCAGGGACGGGGUAGGAUUCAGUAAAAAGGCUGUGAUCUGUAUGCGAGAUGGUCACCUGUGCCUGAUGAUGCGAGCGUGGGACCUCAACUACGACCACAUUAUCUGUUCUGAAUUCACUGCACAUUACAUUUGUGCAUAUAAGACCAAAGAGGGCGAGACGAUCAGGUACUACGCGUGCGACCUGGCGCUGCAGCAGCGACAGUUCCUGCUGUGGCCGGUCACGCUGGUACACGUCAUCGACCACACCAGCCCGCUAUACAGGUGCACGCCUGAGAGCCUCAUGGAUAUCAAUUUUGAAAUCACGGUGACUUUAAAAGGCGCCUCUGCAUCUAUGGGUACCUUUACUCAAAGCCAGACUUCGUAUCUGCCUCGAGAAAUUGUAUGGGGCUACAGAUUUCCACCUGUUGUUAAAUACAACAUAAUGAAACAGAAGUAUGUGAUAGAGCACUCCAAGCUGGACACUAUUGAAGCUGUACACACUCCUUACUGUAGCGCCUACGCGCUGUACAGAGCCAGUCUGCCUCAGAGCCAAGAACAUCCGGAGACGCCAGGCAGUUUCAGCGACAAGAUGUCGACGUUCCAAAUAGGAAGAAUAUCAUCCUUCAAGAGAAAAUAAAAUGUAUCGUUUACCUAUUUGCUUUAAUUGUUGUUGUAAUAAAUGUAUUUUAUUGUUCACUGUUAAGAUAUUUUUAAUUAAGGUUGAGACAUUUAAGUAUGUCUAGCGAUUAUAAUUUAUUAC